AUGCUCAUGACAAGAAGGACACUGUCUCUAGAUUCUGUUUUAAGUAUCAUUAGUGAACUGGCAAAGCUGCCCGUAUUAAUGGCAACAAUAAGCAAUAUAACCAAUCCACAAACUCCGAACGCUCCUCAAGUUUCAAGCAUAACAAAUGAAGAAUUAGAAUUGCUAAUGAUGGGAGUUGGCGUAAUGGCUAUUGCUGUAAUGGUGGUUCUCUUCAUCGGCAUAAAAAGCAAACCCGACUAUAGGGCAGGAACUAAGACAAGAGGGAGCACAGCCAUUUUCACAUUUAUAUCAUCCAGUUUUCAGUCUGUCACGUAUGGGUAUCUUCAAUCCAGCACUUCGGAUUACGGAGAAAGACUCAAGGACAAGGAAUUUCUAUCUAGGGGAAAGUUUUUAGUACUGUUGUGCAUUAUCCAAGUAGUUCUAUUCUCGAUAUUUGGAGCAGAUUCAUUUUUUGAAAACAUCCAAAGAGAGAAAGAAACGAAAAAGAUUAAAGAGACAAAGGAUAUUAGUGCUGAUAAAGGAAGAGAAAGACCCGAACAAAGAUUGCCAUUCCAAUCGAUUAUGGCUAUGCUCUUUGCAUUUUU